AUGAUGCUCAUGGCAGCAGCUACGGCCGCGAUCUCGAAGUUGACCAUGAUGGGCGCUUGGGUGGGCGCGGGCGUGAGCCUCGGUGCAGGCGUGUGCGUGAUGGCCCUGCUGCUACUGGGUCGCCGACCUCAGGGCGCUGAUGGAGCACACGGCGUGGCGGUAUUGGGUGUGGGCCUGUGCCUCGCAUCAGUGAGCUGUCUGCUCGGUGGCCGCACUGCCAACGUCGCUCCCCUGCUCGGCCUACAGGCCAGCCGUGGCGUCGAGCGCGCGCUGGCAUUCGUGGGACUGGCCGCGGGCGUCGGUGCUGUCAUCUCCGCCACCGCCGCAUCCGCCAGCGGCAUCCUGCCCACCAUCUACGCGCCGCUCCUCGCCGCGCUCCUGCUCGUCUGCCGCGUGCGGCCCCUGGUGGGCGCGUCGCCCAUGCUCGACGACGUGGUCAGUCGCGUGGGCGAGACGGUCGCUCGGUCGGCCCUCCUCAAGAAGUGGGAGGCCAAGCUGGGCAGCGGCGGCCUCGUCGUGGCGGCGUGGGCCGCGCUUCAGAUGGUGGCCGAGUGCGUUGGCUGGGUAGUCGGCGGCGGCAGCGCCUCGACAGCCUUUGUCGUGUCGGCCCUGGCCGCCGACAUCGCCGCCGCCACGCUCGCCAUCGUCGCCGCCUGCCACUUCACCAUCCCCUCCAUAGACUUCGAUCAACAGCUGGAGGCUUCGGUCGAGCUGCAGGCGGCACUCGCCGAGAAGACGUCCCUCCUGGCCCGCAUCUCGCAGCGCAUCCAAUCGCCCUCGAACGAAAUUCUGCAGCGCAUGCACGACCUGCUGGCGACGAAGCUGGUCGGCGAGCAGAAGGCCUACGCCGUAGACGUGCAGAACUGCGCCCUGAGUCUGCUCGACACCUCCAACGAUGUCGCGAAGCUUCUCCACGUGUCCUAUCGGCCGGGUGAGUUUGUCAUGCGGCAGACGGCGCCGUUCGUCAUCCGCGAUUUGGUCGAGGAAGCCCUCCGCACCGCCGCCCCCGCCGUCAACAUGAACAAGGCGAGGCUCGCGGACGGGCCUGGGCCUCUGGUGCGCACGUCGCUCCGGGGCGACAUGCGCAUCGAGAGCCAGCCCGGCAACGGCACCCAGGUCUACUUCUCCGGCCGCUUCACCGCGCUCCCCGGCGAAGAAGAAGAAGAGGCCGCCUCCACCGGCGAUGCCGCCGCCGACGCCGUCAAGCGGGUCGAGUUCAACCGCAGGCGGGAGUACGAGGACGAAGACGACGACCUACGCGGCCUCCGCAUCCUGGCCGUCGACGACAGCGAGGGGGUGCGUACGUUCAUCGAGGAGGAGCUGAAGGCGCUGGGCUGCCACAUCCUGUGCACCGGCGACGGCACCCACGCCAUCCGCCAACUGCGCUUCGCCGCCGCCAACAAGACCCCCUACAACCUCCUCCUGCUCGACUACCACUUGAGCGCGGGAGAUGGGCUGUGGGUGGUGUCGACGGUGCGCGAGCAGAAGGACCUCGCGUCGCUUCGGAUCGCGGUCAUGGUCUCGCCCGCCGAGGCCUCGCGCUUCGCCCACGGCCGCACGCGCGGCGUCCACUACACCCUCCUCAAGCCCCUCCGCCUGAGCGACCUCCUCUCCGUCGUCCGCGCCGCCUACUACCAAGAGAGCGUGGACGAGAUGGACAUGCGGCGAAAGAUGGCGGCGACGCCGGCGGAGGCGUUCGGGUCAGACGAGCGGGCGCUGAUCCAGGACAUGGGGGUGGACCUCGGGCUCGAGGUGCUGGUGGUCGCCGAGGACCCCGAGACCGUGGCGCGCAUCCGCGACCUGGCCAAGCGCAACGGCCACAAGGCCAGCACCCUCCAGGACGCCAUCGCCCUCCUCUCCCAGCUCCCGCUCAAGCCCUACGACGCCCUCGUCAUGGGCAUGGAGGAGGAGAUCCUGGCGCUGCUGAACGAGAUCCAGAGCCACCGCGAGUCGCCCUCGUCGCCGGCGCCGCUCAUCUCGCACCCGCCCAUCCCCUCCGUACCCAUCGCCAGCGCCAGGCGGGGAUCGUUGUGGGGACUGCCGAACCCGCCGCCGAUGAUGACGUCACGCCUCGAGCAGGUGCAGAAGAUCCUCUCGGUCUUCGUGCCCCAGCAAUUCCAGGAGCUGAUUGCACCGAGUGGGGUGGAGAGCGUGGAGCUGGGCGACGCGGUGUGCAAGUCGAUCACGAUCUUCUUCUCCGACAUCCGCGACUUCACGUCGAUCACGGAGGCCAUGUACGUCAACGAGGUCAUGGAGUUCCUCAACACCUACCUCGCCUUCGCGGGCUCGCCGGAGGAGCAGGCCAACGCGUCGGUGCGGGCGGCGGUGCGAAUGCUCCACGACCUGGACUACUGCAACACGUCCGCGGGCCUCGUCAACGCCGAGACCGGCAUCGGCAUCAACACCGGCAAGGUGAUCAUGGGCGUGGUGGGUACGGAGACGAGGAUGGAGCCCACGGUGCUGGGCGACGCAGUCAAUCUGGCGUCGCGCACGGAGGCCCUCUGCAAGAAGUACGGCGCGCGCAUCCUCAUCACCGAACACACCAAGGAGAAGAUGGCACUCGGCGCCGAGCAGUUCACCAUCCGCCUCAUCGACCACGUCACCGUGAAGGGCAAGUCGCAGUCGUGCCGGAUCUACGAGGUGGUGGACGGGGACAAGGACGAGGUGCGGGAGCAGAAGGAGCGCAUCCUGCGGCCCUACCACGAGGCCCUCCUGCUCUUCACCGACGGCAAGUUCGCCGAGGCGCGCGACAAGUUCGAGGAGUGCCUGGCCCUGCGGCCCGACGACAAGCCCUGCCUCAUCUACGUCGAGCGCUGCACCGAGCUCCUCGCCGACCCGCCCUCCACCUGGGACGGCAUCUACCACCUUGUAAAUAAGUGA